UAUCUGUCUUUCUACUGCUCUGCAAUGCAUGGAACAGGCUCUAUUCCACAUUAAUAUUACCCAGUUGCACAUAUGUAUGAGUAGAUAUCACAUGCAUAGGUGCAUGUAAUAUUCUACAGCCAACGGGAUAUUUCUACGAUUGGUUUAAGGGAAAAGAAAAUGAGGGGCAUUUCUCCAAAGCGAUGGCAUACUCCUUUGUAAAGAGCCGGGUGCUCAAGUAUCCUUUCAAGAAGAGCUAGUAAGGGCAGCGUCCUGAGCACACCCACGCGCGUCGCCAUCCCUUCGCCAAGACCCGCUGAAAGAGGAGAGAAAGGGGCCUGGAGCGGGCGAACCUCGCUUGCUUGCUCGUUCGCUCGCUCCUGCUCAGCUCGGGAGGAUGACUUAGCACUGAAUCCCACUCCGGCAGCCUCUACGCUUCCAGGUCUUGGCACAGCCCGGCCUCCCUUCUCCGAGCACGACGGGCAGGCGGGAGCGCCCGCGAGGCGUCGAGCGAGGGCGAGACUGCACAGCCUCGGAAGGGAGGAGGGAGGAGGAGAGGGCCCCGAAGCUGCCUGGAGGAGCCGCCGCCGCCGUCUUCGCGUGCUCUUCGCGGGACUUGGUCGGCUUCGUGAAGAGAAAGCGGGCGACGCCGCGACCGCCGCCUUCUCUUCGGAGCAGCUUUGCACGCGGCUCCGUCCCUCCACCUCACGCGCCCACUUUUUCCUCUUGCGGCGCCCCGAGCUCCCUUAGCCCAGGUUACAGAUGGCUCUAUGAAGCUACUAUACACUUUUCUGUCCCCAAGAUUUGCUGAGGUAAAAUGACAUGAAAGUUGCACAUAAUCAGUAGGACGAAGUGGACAGAAUUACAAAUACUUUGAAUCUAUGAGAUUAUAGGAGGAAGUGAAAAUAAAGCAAAUAAUGGUUGAAUCAGUUGAAACUGCAGAAUGCUUUGAUCUUCCUACUCAAGUUACUGCAGAUGCUAUUUAACUGCUUUUUUAAAAGAGUAUGGAUCAAAGGUUUGGUUUGGAUGCCUUUUAUGUUUAUGUUAAUGUGACCAGUCCAUGUAAAGAACGUACUCCUGGAGAAAUGCUGAAAAUCACUUGGCUCCCUCUUUCCAUGGAAAACUGAACGGAAUGUGGUAUUAAUUUGUGAAAGGAGAUCCCUAGAAUUUAGCUGCAGUGAUGAGUUCUGAGGAGAAAGGUGUAUCUCCUGGUCACAAAACCUCCACACCAUCACAUAAAAGCGACUCCUGUUCAUCAUAUUCCCAGUGGGACACUAGGCAGGGUGGCCAUGUAUUAGAGCGAAAUGCUUCUUCUGGAAGCACAGAUCUGAUUAUUGGGAAACAGUUGUUAGAAAACGAGCCAGUCACUGUAUCUAAAGAGCCAGACAACUGGGAAAUUAUAGAAGGCUUGAAAAUUGGUCAGACGAAUGUUCACAAGCCAGACAAACAUGAAGGAUUCAUGCUGAAGAAAAGGAAAUGGCCUUUAAAAGGUUGGCACAAGCGCUUUUUUGUUCUGGAUAAUGGAAUGUUGAAAUAUUCAAAGUCACCAAUUGAUACUCAGAAAGGAAAGGUUCAUGGGAGCAUAGAUGUGGGGUUAUCAGUUAUGUCAAUUAAAAAGAAAGCACGUAGGAUAGAUCUUGACACUGAGGAGCAUAUCUACCAUUUAAAAGUGAAGUCCCAGGAUUCAUUUGAUGCUUGGGUGUCAAAGUUGCGCCAUCACAGAUUAUAUCGCCAGAAUGAAAUUGUGCGAUCACCACGGGAUGCCAGUUUCCACAUAUUCCCUUCAACUUCAACCACUGAAUCUUCACCAGCUACUAAUGCUACAUUGCUGGAAGCUAAGGUCUCACAGAAUAAUUUCCCCUGGCAACCAUCUAUCCCUUGCAGUAACAGCCUACCUGCAACAUGUACUACUGGCCAAAGUAAAGUAGUUGCUUGGUUGCAGGAAUCAGAGGAGAUGGACAAGUGUGCAGAAGAUCUUGCACAUUGUCAAUCAAAUCUUGUAAAACUCAGUAAAAUUCUUCAGAACUUAGAAAUACUUCAGAGAACUCAGUCAGCACCAAGCUUCACAGAUAUGCAGGCUAACAGUGUAGAUAAGAAAGACAAGCGUGUCACAAGAAGAUGGAGAACAAAAAGUGUGAGCAAAGAUGCUAAAAUACAACUUCAGGAAGGGACAGCGCUGAAGGGCCAAUUCGGUACUGCACGGCGCCGGCAGAGACUAGCAGCAGCAGUGGCUACAACAGUUCCUUUCAGUGCUACAAUGUCUCCUGUUCGCCUACAUUCAUCUAAUCCUAACCUUUGUGCAGACAUCGAAUUUCAGACUCCACCAAGUCAUGUAGCUGAUCCUUUGGAAAAUUCCACAGACUACAUAAAACUCCAGGAAGAGUUUUGCCUCAUGGCCCAGAAAGUACAUUCUCUUUUGAAGUCUGCGUUUAACAGCAUAGCAAUAGAAAAGGAAAAGCUGAAACAGAUGGUAACAGAACAUGAUUUUGCAGGACACAAUACACAGAUGAUACAUCUCCGACAAUCACUUUCUCAGGCUCUCAACCAGAAUGCUGAACUAAGGAGUCGCUUGAACAGAAUACAUUCAGAGUCUAUUCUUUGUGAUCAGGUUGUCAGUGUAAAUAUUAUCCCUAGUCCUGAUGAGACAGGUGAACAGAUCCAUGUCAGUCUCCCACUUUCCCAACAAGUUUCUAAUGAGAGCAGGCUCUCCAUGUCUGAAUCUGUCUCUGAAUUUUUUGAUGCGCAAGAAGUGCUUCUGUCUGCAAGCUCAUCAGAAAAUGAGGCUUCUGAUGAUGAAUCUUACAUUAGUGAUGUGAGCGACAAUAUAUCUGAGGACAACACUAGUGUGGGAGACAAUAUUUCUCGGCAAAUAAUGAAUGGUGAACUAACAGGAGGUGCUUUCAGAAAUGGACGAAGGACAUGUCUUCCAGCACCCUGCCCUGAUACUAGUAAUAUUAAUCUGUGGAACAUUUUGAGAAAUAAUAUUGGGAAAGACCUUUCCAAAGUAUCAAUGCCUGUAGAGCUUAAUGAGCCUUUGAAUACUUUGCAACGCCUUUGCGAGGAACUGGAAUACAGUGAACUUUUGGACAAGGCUGCUGAAACUGAUGACCCCUAUGAACGUAUGGUCCUUAUUGCUGCCUUUGCAACUUCAGGAUAUGCUUCCACUUACUACAGAGCAGGAAGCAAGCCUUUUAACCCUGUGCUUGGUGAGACUUAUGAGUGUAUCAGGGAAGACAAAGGAUUUCGAUUUUUCUCGGAGCAGGUUAGUCACCACCCACCCAUUUCUGCCUGUCACUGUGAAUCAAAGAAUUUUGUGUUUUGGCAAGAUAUUAGAUGGAAAAACAAAUUCUGGGGGAAAUCAAUGGAAAUAUUGCCAAUUGGAACUCUGAAUGUGACACUUCCUAAGUAUGGUGAUUGCUAUGUUUGGAACAAAGUCACUACUUGCAUACACAACAUCCUGAGUGGAAGGAGAUGGAUAGAGCAUUAUGGAGAAAUAACAAUCAGAAAUACAAAAAGCAGUGUCUGUAUUUGUAAGCUCACAUUUGUCAAGGUGAAUUACUGGAAUUCUAAUGUAAAUGAGGUUCAAGGCAUUAUCAUGGACCAAGAAGGAAAAGUGGUGCAUCGCCUUUUUGGAAAAUGGCAUGAAGGAUUAUACUGUGGAGUUGGACCUUCAGCAAAAUGUAUAUGGAGACCAGGCUCCAUGCCAACCAAUUAUGAGCGUUACUAUGGUUUUACAAGGUUUGCCAUUGAGCUAAAUGAGUUAGAUCCUGCACUGAAAGACCUUCUUCCAAAAACAGAUGCACGAUUCAGGCCAGAUCAAAGGCAUUUGGAGGAAGGACAUUUAGAAGCAGCAGCAGCAGAAAAACAAAGGAUUGAAGAACUCCAGAGAUGCCAGAGACGUUAUUUAGAGGAAAACAAUAUGGAGCAUGUACCAAAAUUUUUUAAAAAAGUUACUGAAGCUAAUCAAAGAGAAACAUGGGUUUCUAAUGACACCUACUGGGAACUCCGAAAGGAUCUUGGCUUUAGUAAAGUAGAAACAUUCAAACUCUGAUUGAAAAAUUGAGCUCUUCUCUACCUUGAGCCUCUUCCCUCUCCAACAAGCUUCAGGACAGUCUCAAGAAGACCUAGUUUAUAUGAUAUGCUCCCAUGUUUAAAGUUAUUCUUAUUCACUGGAAGGUUCUGCAUCAAGCUGUGUCACAAUCAGGAUCCUAUUCUGACUUAUCUUAUAUGCUUUGCUCUUUGUAGGCCUUCUCUCCCCUCACCCUCCCAGUCUUCCCAAUUAGUGAUUCCUCUAAAAGUAUGGUAGCAUCCAUAAUAUAAUGGCAAAUUUGGGGGAUUCUUCUGUAGAUUUGGGACAGAUAGGAAUGAGGCCUUCUAGAUUAUAGAAAACAGGCCAAGAUGCUGAGUUGUGUAACAGGAGUCUAACCCCUGUCCCUGGUUCUGCUAUGCAAUGCUGAGUCUUAGCAUGCAGUCUCAGCAUUGGCUGAAGGUAGACUUGGGCACAUUGGCUCAAAAAGUACUUGAAUAAUUAUCACAGAGCUAUCAUUGUUGUCUAUUGUUACUUCUCCCCUGCUUUUCUCUCAUUAGAAAUAAGAGUUUCGAAACAGGAGUUCAGUAGAAAAAAAUGAAGUCAGGGUUUGGAGGGACACUCAGGUGAAGUUCUUGAUCAAAUCAAUUGAUGUUUUGCAGGCUUCCCAAGUUAAUUUUACAGCCUGAAGUGUUCAUAAAUAAUUAUUGUGGUUGCCCAAAGGUACUUUGGUUCUGUGCCUAAUGCUACAUAUAGUUAGAGAGUGAGUGAACAAUGACCACAUUCUGGCUACCAACUCCACACUGUUGGGUUUCAGUAAAAUUUCUCUCAGCCAUCUCUGUGUUUCUGAGAAUGGAAUGGUGCCAAUUUUGAGACUGGGAACAUUCAUGUAAUUCUUUAAUAUGUGAAAAUUUUAGUGCAGACUAGUAUUAUGAAUAAGUGUUUUCUUGUUUAUUUCAACUGAAGGUGAAUUGUGCCCAUAUCCAGGAUUGUCCAGUUUCCAUCCAAAUUGACAAAAGAAUUGUUGCCCUAUAAAAUAAUGUACAUUGUAAAGUUCUUUUGUGGCUUACCUUAUUUACCAGGAAUUUUUAAAGACAAUAUUGAGCUCCGUAUAUUUUUGAAAUUGCACGUAUUCUAAUAAGAAACAGUGAAUGUUAAAAACAGUAUGCUACAUUUUAUCCAUUGCUUUUUUUCUUAAAGUUUUCUUAAAGCCUAGUCCAGUAGAUCAUCUGUCUCCCUCCAGUUGUCUCUAGCUAGAGCCAUCCAGGCAGCAUAACAUUGGUGCAAGAGAAGGAGCUUGUGGUCUGGCACACCUAGAAGGCACCAAGAUGGAGUAGGAGCAGUAAAUGUCAAUUGGAAAUUUUGCAGAUGUUGAAAACAGUGAAAUUAGACCUUAGUUACACUUCCCUAAUGCCAUAAAAUCAUGGCUUUUCUCAGUUGUCUUCUGUGGUGUAAUUUAAAGAAGUGGUUGGUAUUGGGAGCGUCACUUUUUGCUAUUUAAUCAACAAGCCACCACUCAUUUUCAAAAGUACCUUCUAAGACAAAAUGUAAUCUUUUAGCCGCCUCCUUCUUUGAGUCACCAUGUGAUAUGCUAUCAACAAAUCAGAAGUGUGCCUCUUCAAAUAAAUGUCACAUGGAGGAAUGUACCAUUUGUGAGAAAACUGGCCUCUAUAAACACACAGCACUUUUAAGUCACUUUGAUUUUUUUUAGAAAGCCAUUUUACAGUGUUACAGUUUUACUGCAAUCCUAUAUUGUAAAGGUAAAGAUUGCGAUUACUCCAAACUUCUGCAUUGAGCUCUAUGACUGAGCAGGGAUUUGAACCUUAGUCUCUGCAAUCUAAACUCAAUAUUGUCUUUAUCACACUACCCCAUACUGAAGCUAAGUAAGAAGACAACAUUGUGAUACUUGCGUAGGAUCAUUUUGCAAAACUCUGUGGUCUUUAUCCUCAGCCUUGAAUAUGACAACUCAUGUAUACCUUUAUAAAGAUGCCAUUGAAUAAAAAGACCAUUGUUUCUAAGAGACUAGCCUAUUAAGUGUCAGCCUGCUUUCUAAUCCCUCAGAAUACUUGGAAAUUACUGAAUAUAACAUUAAGUUUACAGAUAUCCGCCACACCAAAAUGUGUACCUCCUUGGAGCCAAAUGAGGUAAUGUAAGAAUGGAAGCCAAGAGAAUAAUAUUUUGUGUGUUCUUACUGCGUUGCAGAUAUAGAGUUAAGCAUACCAUUACAGUUGUUAACUGUGCCCAAAAGACAGCAUAUAAAAAAUCACGAGUUUCUUUCUGCAAUUGAAAAAUCUUUAAUUAUAUUAAAUGUGUUUGGGAACAUACCAUAUCCAGUGCCUUGGAAGCUAGAGCGAGCUUUGAAAUUUAAAAAUGUGUGCUGUUAAGCAUGUGAUAGUAGUGAUUUGUAGAAUUUUCAUACAAGGCAAAUUAAGUUUCAUGGCUGGCUUUAACUUGAUUAAAAAGAAAUACAUGGUUGGGAUUUUAGAGCCUGUGUUUAUUUUAGUUAUUGGGACAGUGUAAAGAAUUCAGCCAAACAGGUGAUAAAAAUAUGGCUAAUUUCCAAAGAUGAAAUGUGUAUGUGAACCAAUUAUUAGAAGAAACAAUUGAUACUAAAAAUCUGCCUGACCAGUUGCACUUUUGUGUUGGCUUUUGUGAAGACUCUCCCAUUUCACUGUAGAACGGUAUCAUGAUUGUACAGUAUUCAAUUAUUGGGAAUUAAGUACUGUUGCUUGUUCAGAUUGCUUCACACAUUUUAGACAGUAGCAAACAGACUUGCCUUAGUAUGUAUAGAAGUGAGUUUAUGAAUACUUUACAGCCAUCCAUAAUCCUGCAGCAUUGUGUCUUACAGUGGGAUUGGAACAUCAUCCAAGUCUUCUUAAUCAGUUCUGGUUAAACAAACACCUCAAAAUACAUGACACACAAUUUGGGAGCUGCUUAACCAGAAUCACUUUUAUCCAUUUAUAGGACUUAAAUGAAGCUGAGAUCAUGUCACAAGUACAGGAUUAUAGAUAUUAUUUAUUUAUAUUUAUUAAACAUAUUCGUAUGCUACUCCAAUCAAAAUAACUCUUGUUGGCUUACAUAAAAAAAUAGUUCUAAAUGGUACACAAACAUUCUCUUAUCACUGGGAGCCACAGUAUGUUUCCAUUGUUUUGUAUUUGAUGGGCAAAAUGUGUGUUGCAUUUCUUACUAUUGUAAGAAAUUUAAAAAUGACAUUUAAAAUCACCCUCAAUUCCUUGAAAAUGAACUGAAUUGCGCAAUGUUUAUACACUGUGUUAACAGGCUGAUCUUAUGGGCACCAAUUUCUUUCACAUUAUUCAUUUAAGUUCAGUACAACUGAGGUGGCACAUAGCUAUGAUUUACAAACACAAUGAGACAUACUUCUGUGUUAUGCUUGUACAUGAUUGUGUUGACUUCUACCAAUUAAUGCUUUGAAAAUCCCAACAAAUAAAAAAUUACAUACAGUUACACUUUCUGUUUUGCUUUAGCAUAAACAUAAAUUACUUGUGAAAAUAAUCCUGAAUUGGCAGAAAUAUUUGCUUUUUAUUAUUCCCUCUAGAAAAGGAAUUCUGUAAAUAGAAAACUCAUCAAAAUUCUUAAUUAAAUCAGUGUGACUUUCAGUGAAUAUCAUCUUUACUGCUUUUGGACUGAAUAGCACUGGGUUUUGCCUAGAAUACAGCAGGCUUCUCUAGCAAUGCAGAGCUUGCCAUUUAAGAACAGCUCACCAUAUACUUUUUUCCUUCAUAAAAGGCUGAUAUCAGCCUUACUACCAGUUUCAUUUAUAUAAAUACUCAGACAGUGGUCCACCUUAGCUAAGUUGAACAAUAUGAUCUAAGAACACUUGAAAAACCACUGUGAUUGACUGCACAACUAAUAAAAUUAGAAGAUACUGAUUUGCAGCAAUUUCAGUUUGGUGGAUACCCCCCAACAUUUUUGAAUGGCCAUAUGAUAAUAAAAAUGGGGCAUGCAGUAAUGCCACUUUUAAUGACUAUCACCUGAAAUUAAUAACUUUACUUUUAUGAAAAGCUCUGUGGAGUUUUUUAGGUCAGUCUGUAUUUCUGAAUUUUUGAGAACAGUGGGCAUACAGACUGCAUUCAUAUCUAGCACUGAACAAGCACAUUUAAUGUAACUUAUGGCUCUACUUGCAUUAUUAAUUGGAUAUAUUUAGGAAAUAAGCAAUGGCUACUGUAUAUGGAGUAUUUUUCUCAAAAAUAAAAAUAUACUGCAUGUAUUGUUUAAAACAAUUUAUUAAAGAAUGACACAUCUAAUGAAAAAAGGACAGUGAUAAUAAAUGUUAUCAUUUCUAUGAAAUCAGUCUUCAAACUGUUUUAAAAGACCACAACUGAUGCACUGAGAAGAAAUUUAAACACAUAGGAAGUGAGUAUAUAAUAGUAUCAUGGCUAUUAUAUAUGCUUGUAAUAGUCAUUUCUUUGAAGUUUCAGAUAUCAGAAAUACAGUUUUGAGAUCCCAGUUGUAAGCAUUUUCAUGAAGACUGUAAGAUUCGGCCUUCUGCUGCAUAAGCUCAAGCUGUUUUGUGGUUCUAUGAGACAUGCAGUCUUAAAAGAAUGGCAGCAUACAUAAAUAACUUCAAGGGAAUAAGUCUGCAGAGAUCAGAAGCCCUGCUUCUGGCUACUGGAACAUAUAAUUAUUCAAAGGAAGCAUUGUCGGGCAACUUUUCAUAACACCCAGUAGAAUAUAUCUUAAAUGAUAAUCUCAUAAUUGCUCUUAGAGUAAUGUGACUAUAAUUUAGUGCACUGUAACUAGAUAACAGCAGACAUGUCCAAUCUCUAGCCCAACCGUUGAUGGCUGGUUCCCCAUUUGUUCUGUAAGCAUAUCAGAAAGGGUUGAAUGGAAACAAGCUUUUUCCCAUCAUUGCAAGCCUUUAGAAUCACUUUUAUUAUUUCAGCGGCAGCUACUUUAAAGCUAAAUUGACAUACAAGACAGCAAUGUAGUGGCUAGGGUGUUAAACCUGGACUCGGCAGACUUGGGUUCAGGUCCACCAUCAGUCAAAGAAAUUCAUUGUGUGACUUUGGGGCAGUCAUUAUCUUAUACAUUUGUUGUGAAGCAAAACUGGAGUGCAUAUAUAAAGUGCCUGAGUGAGUGGGUAGAUGAAUGAUGCCUGACAUGAUUGUCUGGUGAAUAUUACCACUCUGCUGGGCAAUUUUUGAAGGCUAGUUCUUUAUACUUAGCAUUAUUUUGGGGUCUGUACCUCUGGCGUGGACCCUGAGGUUUUUUGGUGAGUAUGGGUGUUUUGUGUCCUGGCAGAAUUGAGGAACAAGAUGUGACUGCAGGUCAAGUGUUUAUGGAUCAAAUGGAAUGGAAGACCAGGGAACUGAGAAGGCUGGUGAAACUCAAGACUGUGUGGAACUUCAAGUGACAGGUACAGAAGAAAGGGACCGAAAAGAAGCAAAGUAUAGAAAGUAGAAGGCAGAGCAUGUGAAUUGGGGGAAGGGAAGAGCCGAGAGGAGGAGAAACCGGGAAUGCCGGACGUGGCAAGAAGCUACCAACGUGACAAACUUGUGGCAGACAGCAUGGCGCGUUCCAGUUGGUGGCAUGUGCAGUUGGGGCAGGGAUGGAGGCUAUUAUUGCCAUGCAGACACAGAAUGGCACGUGGAAGCAGAGAGACUACAGUGGGAGACCAGCAAGUUCAGCAGGGGCCCUGCUUGGUACCACUGUCACAGCUCCCACGGAAGGUGAGAGGAUAUCAGCUGCCUGAAGAAAUUUGCCUAGGAAGAGAAAAGCUAUUACCCUUUCUGUCAGCCCUUCACGGUAGGCCAGGUCAGGGAAGACACCACAAGAAAUACUAAAAUUCUAUAUAGGCUAUAAUAAACAGAAUCUUGGAAGCCUGAUAGUGUUUCCCUUCCCCUGCCUUAUGCCAAAGAUGGUCUAAGUCAGUGUU